AUGUAUCCUCCCGGAAGCACCUCUCGCCAGCUUGCCCUACUAGGUGGCCUACCUGCAUUUCCUGUCAACUAUCCCGUACCGCUGAUCUAUCUUGGAGGGUACCGCCCUAAGGGCGACUUUAGUGCAGUCCAUGGGAUUCUCAGCAGCACUGGGAACGAAGACUCUAAGAAGCGUGCCAGUCAGCAACUAUAUGUUGCCAAGAUCCUUCCAGGAGUCGAAACUCCGGGAUUGAGCUUUCGAGCUACGCUGCAAGACCGUAUCAAGCACUUCCUGGAGCUCGGCCCCGAAACCUCAGUUAUCUGUGUCACGAGUGGCUUCGACGCACUCCGAGUCGUUCUAAGGAGUAUAGAGGCGCGAGACGGAUUUCUUUUCAGCUUCAUCAAGUUCAAAGAGUAA